CCUCGGUUCAAGCACACGGCGCCUUCACAGAAGCAGCAGCGUGCCGAUCGAGCGGCCACUGCUGAGCAGCCGCCGCCAUGGCAUGCACGCAAGGUCGCAGAACUGGAGAAGCAGCUGGCGGCAGCGCGGCAGCAGCUGGCCACCGGAGGGAAGUCGGAGAGUAACGCGAUGGAGGUCGACGUCGAGAGUGGAGAGCAGCCGCCGCAGACCCCCGCUCAGAUCCGUGUUCGACUGGACGAGAUCGAAGAGGCCAUGCGGGCAAUCAAGGACCUCAAGGACCCCUGCUUCGAGAAGGCCAGGGAGGACUACGAGGUGGAGCGCAAGCGGCUGCGGAUGGACUUGGAGGCGUCCAAGCCAGUGCCUGCGCAGCUGCGUUCUUUGUCAUUCCAGUCGGCCAAGUGGAACACCAAGAAGGUCAAGCACGAGGGCCUGCUGGCGGCCGCCAAGAAGGAGUUGCAGAAGCUGCAGGAGACCAUCCGCGAGCAGGAGCAGCUGGUGGUCGAGGCAGAGCAGGCUAUAUUACAGAUUGCAGAGGAACAAACCAGGCUGGCGUCUACGGUUCCGAGGCCUCCACCGUCCGCUACCGAGGCAGGCGAGCUUGUGGCAGCCCUCGGCAUCACGGUCGACAAACUGGGAGGCAUCUUGGCAGGACUCGGAGACGACGGUCACUUGCAAGCGAAGUUGGACUCGGCCUUGGAAGAGGCACGGGUACUGGAGGAGCGCAGGAGACAGGGGCGGACGACACCCGAGGCAGCUCAGCAUGCGAACUCUGAGCCGCAGCGGGAGGCCGCCCCCCACGACGAUGCCAGGUCUCAGCCUGGAGGAGUCGACGUACCAACACCAGACGACACGGACCUGGAGGAGCUGCGUGCCUUCCUGGGGCGCGCUGGUGUUGCUGUGCAGCCUGAGGCCGACGAGGCAACGAUCCGUGGGAGCGUUCGCAGGCUGGCCGAAGGGCUCAAUGAAUGGAGAAGUGAGAAGCGUGCCAAGGUCCAG